AUGUGGCUGGUGUCUGCGGUCGUUUUUGCGUUGGCUGGUUAUGUUAGUGCUAAGAGCUUGGCAACGCUGAAUUGCUCGGAUAAUGUGCAUAAUUUGAUUUUGGCCAAUUCAAACUUUUCACGUAAGUAAAGCUUGAGUUGAGUAAAGUAGUAAAAAUUAGCCAAGUUUCACCAAGAUAGAAUAAAUUUAGAUUUAGGGUUAUUUUUAGAGUAAUACAGGGUAUAAAGUAAGAUAAUGCAAAGUUGAAUUUUAAGUCUACUUAAGACACGAGGCUCUGGGCUAAGACUCUGGGCCAGGGCUCUGGACUAGGGUUCUGGGCUAGGGCUCUGGGCUAGGGCUCUGGGCUAGGAUUAUGGGCUAGGGCUCUGGGUUAGGGUUCUGGGCUAGGGCUCUGGGCUAGGGUUCUGGGCUAGGGCUCUGGGCUUUGGUUUUGAGCUAAAACUUAAAUCAAAAAUUUUUUCUUUCAAAAAAGGUUGGCGAACUAUACUUUCAGAAGGCUAUUCAUCCUACAUAACGUUCGUCAAAGGCACAGUGUAUAACCAUGACUAUUCGCCAGCUUGUGCUUAUGGCAAGCCAAAUGUGCCAUUACCUGGAUUCGUCAAGUUCUUGGAUGGAGAACUACAUGUAACAAAAUAUUAUGACGUUUUAAAAGAUGGCAUGCUAAAAGUUACAGUAUACAGCAGCUUUUUCGACAAACCGAUCUGUUUGAAUGGGAUCAGUCAAUAUAUGGCGUUACCUGAUUCUAUGUGGUAUGUGAUCUUAUCUAUAUCAAGAUUUUAUUUCUUGUGGGUAAAGUAAAAUACGUUCGUAGCAGAUUUUGUAUUGUUUUUUUCAGUAGUAACCUUAACAUAAAUUUAAAAAAAAAACCAUUUUAGUCAAUUCAAAAUCAGUGAGUUCAUGAAUCAUGACAUUGUUCGUAUCUUCGAAGAGCCGGGUAUACAUACGUUGAGUGAGAUCAAAGACAGAAUUGGCUUAAAUACAACAAUCGAACUGCCCGAAGCGCCAAGUUUCUUGGGAAUUUCACUACUUGACCUUUUAGCGGUGAGUGACGAAAUGCCACGUGAUUUAUUGGAAAAAUGGUCUUUUUUUCAUAAUAUAUAUGACGAAAAAUUUUUAAUUAUCGAAAAAGCUUUAUAAAGGUUUACUUAAUAAGAAUUUUACAUAAAAAUGUCUUUUCUAGCACCAACUCAAUUUAAUGACGAAAUGUCACAAAAUUUAUUGAAAAAAUUAUUUUGAGUCAGGACGUUAAAACUUCAAAAAUUUAAAAUUUUAACACUUUUUUACACUACAGAUUUACAUUUUUAUUCUUUCUUGCAAAAAUCAAUAUUAUGACGAAAUGUCACUAAGUUUCUCUUUCUGCCAAAUAAGCAAGUUUGCUCAGAAAGCCAUAACAAAUAGAUACUAAAAUUAAAAAAAAUAAUAAAAAUGCCAUUUUAGGGUGAAUUUGCGUUUGGAUUUCAAAUAGAAACCGAAGGAAAAACAAUCAUGGAUGUUAAUAUACCCACGAAUCAUAAAUGGCUACAGAUCGGUGUAGCUGAAAACUCAGUCAAAGAAGAUGCGGCUGAUGAUGAGAAAAGCAGUGAAGAAGAUGACUAA